AGUCCACUCGGAGUGCGGCAACCUACCGGACGCUUCGUUGAAGUCAUUGCUUCUGAACCACAACCGCGCUUCCAAGAGGCGUUAUUCGUGCAUGGGUGACGAGAACACGUGAACACUUGCUUUCUCGAAUCAACCUCUGUGCAGUGUAAACAGCUCUCAAGCGUGAAUUUUGCAGACAGACCUGUUCAAGAAAGUACAUGCGCCUAAAGUUUGACCUUAAGAUAUUCCAAACGGCCGCUUGCGGACGUAAGAUUCAGGCCAGUGGCACCGUGGUGAAUACGGUUUGUGCCAACAAACGGUGAGAGAAUCUUGCCCUGUUUCUCGGGACCGGACACUGUCCAGUACAACCGGAAGCUCGUGGUUCUGACCAAGCUAGCCUCUUCCAAGAUUCUGACCUCGCGAGCCGUGAGCUUGACUUCGAGUGGACGGAAGACCUCAAACGAACGUCAAGUGCAGGGUCAACGAGGUAUUGAAGAACAGAGUUCGAAGGUCCAUCGAAUGUUGAUAACUUCAGCACGCCGUUGCUUCUUCGGCCCGGACCCUGCCCAGCGCGGCCAGAUGCUUCUUCUUCUUCUCGUCAACUACGUCAUCGCCGUUGUGGGCUGCUGUGGUCGGGGCGCCGCGGGCGUCGACUGCGGCCGCGGUGCCGACUUGGGCGCGGGCACCGUCGGCGCGUUGUCCUCGACCCGAGCUGUCGCUCCGGGACGUCGGACGGCGACGUGCGAGGAAGCCGAACAGGACUGCAUCGGCCGGCUGUCCUGCGGCAUGGCCUUCCACGGCCACCGCCUGGACUGCAAGCGGGAGCUGGCCGGUCGCACCCCGGGUCGCUGCUCGGUCCACUGCCGCCAGUCCCUCGUCUCCCUGGCGAGCACCGAGGAAGGCUACGCCUACAUCGGCUGCGAGUGCGGGGGCGACGACUACUGCCGGGCCCUGCGGCUGCGGCUGGCCCCUUGCUGGUGGCAGAAGCCCUGCGCGUCGUCGACCUCCAGCGCGACGGCGUUCCAGCUGCCCGGAGGUCUGACGCCGGUCGCCUCUUCGCCGUCUUCGUCGUCUUCGACGACGGCGUCGUUGUCCUCGAGACCGCAGUGUUCCCGACUGGCCCAGGACUGCGUCGCGGACCCGGUGUGCUCGGUGGCGUGGGACUACUACCGCCGCUUCUGCCACGAGGUGCUCGACGGCGUCGCGGACAACUGCUCGACGCGGUGUCGCAACAGCGUGCGCAUCCUGGUGCGCAUGGAGAAGGCGCACCGGGUGCUGGACUGCGCGUGCGACGGUCGCGUCACCCGGGUCACGUGCGGGAACGAACUGAACCGGAUACGCACCGCCUGCUUUCACCUGGAUGGCAUAGAACCCAGUGGUGGAAGCGCAGGACUACUCGGUGUAGGCGGUGUCGUGGGACGUGCUCUGCUGUUGGUGUGUCUCUUGACCUCGUUUGGUUGGUGA